ACUUAAAGGGUGGAGCGAUGUUUACUGAACACAAAACUUCAAUACAAUCUAAAUAUAGACUUGUAUCAGCGUUUGUUCACGUACAUCAGUGUAGGGGACGUAACCGUGCCCUGUCAGAUGUGUACUGCUCGCUGUUGCGAAGAGUUGACAUUUCAGCAGAAACCAAGAUGAAGGCGUUCGUGCCCAACCAAGACACAAGCGAUGCCAAGUGUUCUCCCCUGACCAGCAUCCCGGCGGCUACAGCCGAGGACAUGAAGGAGAUAGCGGGCUAUGCAUCAUGGCAUGCUGCGAACCACAUGAAGCGGUACCGGAGCGACGCCCAGCGAGACGAGGACACUGUCCGGCGCCACUACAGCAGUCUCUGCAACUCCGGCAUCUUCAGCCACGACUUCUGCUUCUUUUACGAGCAGAUGGCCUGGGCUGCAGCCUGGAGCACAGCCAACGAGAGGAUGGGCAAGAAGAGAGAUGCUAUGCUGUACAAACAGAAAUGGUUGGAUUAUCACAUGGAGCUGGCCAAGAGCAGAGAGGUGACCGGUCAGCUUGCGAAUGACCUCCGCAGCCUGUGCUGGUCAUCGGCCUGGUUCACGGCCAACACGAGGAAGGGGUUCUUCUACAAGAGAGAUGCUGCUGAGGAUGCUAGGAAGAUGCAGGUGUAUUAUGACAGGAUCCGGGCAAAUUAAGAUCCCGGUGCACAGAGUAACGGACUCGGAAGAAUAAAAGUGAUUUAUUUAAAGGCAAUAAAAAUAUGUAUUACCAAUACGUGUAUUUAGUGUACUCAUCGUAAUAUUGGAUACCAUGAAGCCAUACUGAACAAUUACAAGAAUAUUAAAAACAAUAUCAUGUAAUACCAUGAACAAUUGACCCUUGCAUCAUACCAACCAAAUAUGUUUGCUCAUAGUUUUGUUUAUUAUGGCAUGCUCGUGAGUAGCAGAACCAGAAUGAACCAAACUCUAGUAAUUGGGAUUAAUUGCAAGCUACUGUUUCUUCUCGAAUAAUAUAAAUCCGGUAUAGACAGAACGUAAGAGGGGAUCAGAUUGUUGACAUGGAUUUGAUAAGAUCCCUUUGAAACUUGCUUCACUGAGAAAUUUGAAAUGUUUGAAUGUUUUAGUAAUAUGAAAGAAUCAGUUGUCCUUAACUUUGUUAGUAGGAUAUAUGGCUUCAUGGUAUCCGCAUGUACCAUUUGGCGUAAAAGACAAACGGCGGUGAAAAUUAUAUGAAGUUACUAAUGCAGGGAAUAUACUGCACGCACGCGCGCGCACACACACAUACCUACCUAAAGAUGGUAAUUGAUGUAACCACACACACGCACGCACGCACGCAUGCACGCGCACACACGCACGAAGGUCCUUAGUUUCAGCCCCGGCCGCGUCAUAGAUAGUCAAAUAUGGUCCGUGUUGUUAGCACACACGCACGCACGCACGCACGCACGCACGCACGCACGCACGCACACACAGUCGGUUGUUCGAUCCCCCAUCGCGUCAUACCAGAAGAUGGUAAUUGUUACCAAACGCACGAACGAAAGCAAGCACACACACACACACACACACACACACACACACACACACACACACACACACACACACACACACAAAAACACACACACACACAAAAACACACACACACACACACAAACACACACACACACACACACACACACAUACAUACAUACACACACACACACACACACACACACACACACUAAUCAGGGUAACUGGGUAUUGCAAUACGUAGUGACAGGCGUUUGUGUGUUAUGCCAGGGAGCCAGGGGAUGCCUUGAGAAAACAAAUGUUUCAGAUACAUAUAUUGGCAUAUAUUUUGCUUCAGGUUCGCUGGGUGUCCUCAAAACAAUCGUGAAAAAAUAAAACUGCGUGGCUCCUUUAAUCAGAUAAAAAA